UUUACAAUACCAAUGAACCCUCUGAAUAAUUCAUCAUUGAUACAAAACAAAGCCACAACAAAUGUUGAAUUUCUUCGUCUGCGUUCUUUGGUAUGCUUUGCUAUUCAAUAUGCAUAAUUUGUUAUUUAUUAAAAUAGAUAUGCUGUCUCUUUGAAGACGUAUUCCCAUGAAUUUUGAACAACUACUCAGUGUAUGAGUCAUACACUCUAUUCCGCUGGACCAACUUCGCCGUGGAACAAUCAGCAUUAAAAGGGCAAAGAAACAGAAGGAUACCAUGCCAAAUAAUGCCAUUGCCGAGAGCAAUUGGUGUAAAACUGCAUACCCAACGCAGGGUAAUAUUACAGCACUUAAUGCCAUUAUUCUUAUGGCAUUCAAUGUUGCCAUUGCCUUGAGUAACAUCUUCGUAAAUGGUUUUUUAAUAUUCGCUCUAAAGCGCACAGAUCAACUGAAGUCAUUGUCAAUCAAGUUAAUCGUUUGUCUCAGCUUAUCGGACUGUUCAGUAGGGCUUAUUCUACAGCCGAUUGUUUUGAAAAUACUUGCUAAUGAGUACUACGGCAUAAACUCUUGCAGAAUUGAUCUUGCAGGCCAAGCUAUAUCAUUCGUUUUCUGUCACUUUUCUGGCGUGAUGCUAGCAAUAAUUUCACUGGAUCGAUACAUACACAUCCGACAUGCAAGCAGGUAUUCUUCCUAUGUGACAAAAUCAAGAGCAAUUGCAUUGGUAUUGAUCGAUGUUGCUAUUGCUCUUACAGUGGCGGCAGUAUCUAUAAUUGCAAGUCUACAGCAAACGUAUUUCAUCUUCGAUAUUUUCCUGUCAUCAUUUGACACAGUGGUGGUAAUUUUUAUCUGGUUAAAUUACAUAUUAAUGUUUCAUUCCAUUAGAAAGCACACAAAUUCUGUGCUCAGACAAGACAAUGGAGGAAUACCUAGAAUCUCUAAUAAACUGCGAGCUGAUGCUGUAGUUGUCAAAACUAUGAUUUUACUGAUGACGUCACAAGCUAUAUGCUUUUUUCCAUACUUCAUCGCAAGCUCUAUUUGGUCAUACCGUGUUCGAAAUAUCAAAGAAGCUAUUGAUAGCAAGCUUGCAUUGUUGUUAUGGUGGAGUUUACUGCUAGUCUUCAUAUACUCCUCAGCCAAUGGGUUGAUUUUCAUCGUUCGAAACCCGUCUAUCAGAAGAAGAUACUUUAGGAAAUUUUGCAAACUUCAGAGGCCAGUAGCUCCACAAACAAAUUUUUCUGAGAAAAUUACGCUAAAAUCUAGAAAGAGUAAUUGAUUGCUGAAACAUCUGUUGUUCAACAGGAUGUUCUGCUUGCUGCUACAAUAUGAGAUAACAAUGGCCUGCUCAUAGAGUGUGAGCUUGUCUGGUACCCAGAGUAUAGCGAUAACUGCAUAACUUCUAAUUUAUAACAGCUAAAGCGUACACAGGGGCGUGUCGGCUUGGUAAAGAUGGCAGAUCCGAAAUUCGGACAAAAGUAUUCCACUUGGUCAUAAGGCCAAUAAGUGUUUACUUAUCUCACUAAAGCGCUGAAUUUAUUACUUUCACUUAAUUACACGUUGGCGAUGAGAAUAAAUAAAACGUAGAAUAGACUAACUAUGCAAAUUGCUUAUAAAAGCCAACUAACUGCGUAAGUUGAUGUUGUAACUCAACUGUACACUAUGAAAUAAAAACUUCUUCGAAAAUAGCACGGAAAUACUUGUUGGUAUAUUCGAAAAGAGCAAAAUUUAGGCCAGGUUGCUAGAGGCACUUGUUUCUCUCCCAUGCAGACACCAAGUGCGUUAGCAGGAGCUAUAGCCCCUCCACUUUUUGCAAUAAUAAGUUAGAAAAUUUUUUGAAAGUUCACUCUAUGCUCUAACGCAACAUUGGAUAGUAUACUCCUAAGUAGUAGCAGUUCUUCUUGACUGGAAACCCUUUUUCUUCAUUUUCUAGGUAUUUUGUUAUCCCCAAGCUAAUUUCAUCUAUUUUUAUAGCUAUUGAUAUCUUCUCUGAACCAGACUGUUUAUAAAACUUCAGUGGUAGUUUUUCAACGGUUUUCAACGUUUUAGAGCGUGUGGCCUUGAAAAAUUUUCGGUCACGCCCUUUUCAGCUCACGGUCCCUGCAGCCCUAUGAACAUGAUAGCCGAGCCCGUUCAAGUCACAACCUAGUAGAAAAGAUGGUUUCCAACUUUUUUUAUUUUGUGGUUUUCCGCAAUGCAAUUAGAUCAAAAAUCAAUCCUUUGUGGGAAUCGAAAGUCAUCAUAGCAUGUCGGCGUUCAUGCAUGGGUUUCAGAACUACGUAAUCAUAUUACUCAGAACCCUGCAAGGCUAUUGGCUUUUACUUCUCUAAUGUUUCCUGGAACAACAAAAACAAGCCUACAUGAAGCGCACUGGAAUCAAACGAGAGAUAGCUCAAUGAUGAACCUGGAAAACUUCUGUUUCAGAGAAGUAGAAUUAUCUUAUUGGUCAGUUAAUCUUGUUGAAAGAAUUUCGCAUUUAAAUUUGUUGGUCUGUUUAUCUUUCCAAUACAAUUCAAAACUGAAAGUUUUUUAAAAUAAUGGAAUGAACGGGUACCUGACAAGUUUCAGUUGUAUGUAUGCAGAACACAACAACUAAGACAAAUAAUGUAAAUUACAUGACAAUAUUUUCUUGUCAUUGAUGUUCAGGUAAAGGAAACCGAAACAGACGGUAGUUAGAGAUUGGACUUUCCAUUCCUUGCUGCAAAAAUACAAGAUGGA